UCACCACGCCCCUGGUUUUCAACGCAUCCCUUGCUUACUUGUCGCGAUCUCUCUAUAUAUACACAGUAUAUAUAUAUAUAUAUAGAUAUUAUCAAAAAAAUUUGUUUUCGCUUUCAAGAAUUGUUAUAAUAAAGGGGAAGUAAGUGGAGUUACUGAAGAUGGAAGAGGAAGAGAAAGAGAAGACGCAGAUAUAUCACGAGAGGCAAAAAUUGCAAUUCUGCCUCUUGCACUCACUCAACAAUCUUUUCCAGGAAAAGGACGCAUUCACUCGUGAAUUUUUGAAUGCCACUGCUGAAAGACUCGUUCUCGAUGAUCCAAACAAUGCAACCUGGACACCUUUAUCUGUUAUCUUCAAGCCUCAUCAUAAUGCACUUACAGGGAACUAUGAUAUAAAUGUUCUAAUUGCAGCACUUGAAGGAAAAGGUAAAAGGGUAGUAUGGCAUGAUCGGCGUAAUGGAGGUUCGGGCAUUGAUCUUGAUGGGUCUGAUGAUAAACUAAUGGGUAUUGUGCUGAACAUUCGAGUGAGAAAGUAUGGUGGGAUGUGGAGAAGUAGGCAUUGGGUUGCUUUGAGAAGGAUCGAUGGGGUUUGGUAUAAUUUGGAUAGUGAUUUUACUGGUCCUUAUGCUUUUAAAGAUACAGAAGAAGUUAGGGAGUUCUUGGACUACAUCAUUUCGGGUGGCGCAGAGGUUUUGCUUGUCAUGAAUGAUGAACAGUGAGGUUUCUUUUUUGGGUUGUGGCUGCCUUAGGACUUCUAGAUACGCAUAUUUCCAAGCUAGCAACUGUAUCAUACCAGUUUGAGAAGCAGCUUCAUUACAGAAUUUAGUUUCUUUUGAAUGUUCUCUUUUCAAGGUGAAUGAUGGCGUUCUCUUGGCAAACUAAAAGCGUUGAAUUGGCAAUGUAAAUUAGGAAGACAGGAAAAGUGCUAGUUGUAUACAUAUUUUUGGUUGGUGAUAAUGGAUGCUGAUUUUGAGCUGUCAGUCUGACCUUAUUACAGUUUACUGUGAGUAAAAUUCAUUAAAAAAAUUAGAUGAAAUCUCUCAUGAAUAUGAAUUUGACUUGUAUCUGAAUUGCAUGGUCUUGUAUUUUGUUGAGUGCUUUUAGCUCAUAAGAAUUUAUUUUCUUUUCUUCUUUCUUUUGAA